CAAAAAUUGUGUUUGGUAUCAAUCGCAAGGAUUGCUUCAAACCCAUCACUUCGUGUAAAAUCCACAAACCCAAACAAUAAAAUGAAAUUUUUCAUUGCUCUUCUGUUUGUGGCUUACGCUAGCGCCCAAACCUCGGACCUACGCAACAACUCGAUGGUCGCACUCGACAUGCUCCGUGCUGCAAUCCCGGAUUUUAAGCUGGUCCAGGACGACGCCAUCCUGAGGGUUUCCGACGCCAAGCAGAAGGCUUCAACAGUGUUGGCCGGCUUCUAUCACACCGUGUUCGAUCGCAAGGUCUCUUACCUGGAGAGUGUUAUUCAGGACGAAGGUGACCUGCUGCAGUACGGAAUGGAUCUCGAAUCGUGGUGCUGGGACAAUAACCUGCCCAUGCUGGAAGGUAUCAUGGGCUGGAUUGGAAACGACUUCAGCGAGUGCAUCAAGCAGCUGGACAGUUCGGUCAGCGAUGUGAUCGCGACGGUUUACGGACGCUUCCUGGAAGAUGAAACGAACAUCAGCAAAUACAGUCUGCUGGAGGUGUUCCAGAAGCGUAACAUCAUCAGCAACCCGCAGUCGAUCGCCGACGCUAUUGCCGCGCUGAACUUUGAUAUUACCGAGGCGCUGCCCGAGCUGGAUGUCACGGUGACUGAUUUUGAAAACGAUUUGAAUGACAAAAUUCCCACCUACACCGGGUGUCUGACGACCAGGCUGAACCAACGCAAGAGUCAGCUGGAGAUGCUGAAGGCUCAGACGGAGCAAUGCUUGAACGAACAGUAGAUUUAAAAUGCAUUUUUUUACGCUUGUAAACAAACUCUAGAAAAUAAAUUAACAUAAAAAGUUCUGCAGAACUAAA